UAAUUGAAUAGGUACACAAUUAAUGUUGAAGUCAAUAGGAAAUGUUUAAUGGGUAUUACUAAUGGCCAAGUUAGGAUUUGAAAUUUUCAAUUAAUUUGAAAUCGGACAAAGCCAAAGCAAUAAAAGUUUUAGUAAUUACAAGACAUGAAAAAGCUGCGAGUUUCGGAGUAGCUAUUACAUACGCACGAAAUUUAUUUAUCUGCACAUAAAAUAAAAGCGGACGAUAAAGUGGCGCAAACAGAAGUAGAAAAUAAUCUACAUUAUUCUGCCGGAUUAUGUUUGAGAUAUUGCUAGGAACUUGUUGUGCGUUAAGUCUCGUGUAUGUGUUCUUAUGUGUAUGGCGUCGACGGAAACGGAAGCUGCCCCCAGGUCCUCAGGGGUAUCUUUGUUUUGGAAACAGUUUUCAGAUAGACGCUGACCGGAUUCACCAUGAUCUACAUAAUUUCCGUGAAGAAUUUGGACCGUUAUUUAAACUGAAAUUAUACGGUACUAACAUAGUAAAUUUGUCGUCUGCUUCACUUUUGUAUGAAGCAUUUGAAACGACGCCGACGGAUGAAAUAGCAAACGACCGGUCGGCAAACUCUACCUCUGACAUUUUUUACGGUCGGAAACAUAUGGGAUGUGCAAAUUUAUCAAAUACCACUCUCCUUCUUCGAGAAUUCCAUAAAAGUGCAAUCCCUAAAUAUUUUGAGCGUGAACAAUUCUUUGAAUUAUUUAAUAAAGAAGAAAUAAAACGAUUACAUUUAAAUCUUAUAAGUAAGCCAACGAGCAAUAUUAACCCGCACGAGUAUUUGAGGACAUAUUUUAAGAACGUAUGUGCAAUAUUGCUGAUCGGGGAAUCUCUUUCCGAGUCGGAUCCUGACAAAGAAGCGCCAUGGGAAUUCAUUGACCUUCUGUUUGAACUUAUCGAACCAUCGGUAGAUGGUGCUCUCAGAACAUUUCCGUUUCUAAAAUACCUGCCAGGCUACUACGGUGAUAUGUACAGACGGACAGUCGAGGCAAGGGAUAAAGUGGCGAAAAUGUUUUUCGAUUAUCAGAAGGAAUCCUAUAUAUCCGGAAGGAGGAGGGGUCUUGUAGAUGUAUGUUUAACAAAACAAGCAGACGACAUCCUUAAAACCGGAAGCACAUUGCUAAGUGACGAACAUAUCAAAGGCUUCAUAUUUGAUACCCUUGCAGCCGGAAUGACAGAGUUAUUGAAGAGUAUUCGCCUCUUUAUUUUACUAAUGUGUCACUAUCAGGACAUACAGACACGCCUACAAGCAGAAAUUGACAACGUCAUCGGAACUGAACGAUUUCCGGAAGUGUCAGACCGGAAGCGGAUGCCAUUUACGAACGCUGUCAUGCUUGAAUUAUGGCGUUACGGCUCACAGACACCAUUGGCAAUACCUCAUUUGUGUAAAAAGGGAUUUCUUUUAGACGGGUAUAACAUAGACAACGGAUCAGUGAUUUUUCCCAAUUUGUACAGUGUUCAUCAUGAUUCAGAAAUAUGGGGCGAUCCUUGGGACUUUAGACCAGGGAGGUUCCUAGACAAGAAAGGCCAGUUACUUCCACCUAACCAUAGUUCUAUACGGAACGUUGUUCCUUUUGGACUAGGAAAACGAGCUUGCCCAGGACAAGAUUUUGCAAGGUCAAGGGUAUUUAUAACCAUUACGUCACUGUUGCAGCGCGUGCGAAUUUUGCCACCAGAAAACUACGAGUUGCCGUCUGCAGAUCCGAGGUUGUAUACGAGAAAAUACCCCCUGGCGGAGCCUCAGUAUGAAUGUCAAAUUAUUCCCCGAGAGAAUAUGAAACUUUGAUCCCUAUAUGCACAUUAAGGCGUCAAACGUUGUAAAGUAUUUCCUAGUCAAAAUGAAGGUCAUAACAAUAAUUGACUCGGAGGUAUUUUGUCCUCGCAGGAAUAAUGAAAAAAAUGUUUUGUCGUUGUUAUUGUGUAUAUCUCCUCAUGUAAUGGCCAAUGACAACUUUUCGGCUCUUUCCGUCAAACUCCGGAAAAGAUUUGCACGAAAUCGGACUUAUGAAAUUAAGCAGUGCCUACUCAUUGUUGAAAGAAUAUCUGUUUAUGCCACAUUAAAUAAUGCGUUUUAUUAAUAGAAUUUAUUUUGCAGGAAUGUUUGUGUUAUUCAAUAGUUUUAGAAUGUAACAAACAUUAUAUAUUGCAAUUCAAACUGUGAUGGUACAGAGUGUUUUUGAAGUAACAAUAAAUAAGAAACUAACAGAAAAAAACAUUCAAAUAUUUUAGUUUAAAAA